UCUCUAAGGAAAUUUAGACGGCAAAAGUAACUGAUACUACAAAGAGAGUUCCGCUACGAUGGACGCAUGCGUCGUAAAGUCUUUCCUUCAAUAGUGAUCGCUGUCCACUCACCUGAAGUCUUCCAUUUCAAUCACCGCGUUCCAAUAAUCAAUCAAUUCCCUCUUCGGGAUCUCAAAUCAAUAGUCUUCAACAAUGUUUCUGGUAAUUUCGAAGAAACUGCUGCUCUUGCUUUCCCUGUGGACGGGAAUUUUCUGCAAUUAUGCUUGCUAUUCUAUCAUCGCACCCUUUUUCCCUCAGUUGGCCAGGCAAAAAGGACUAAGCGCUGAACAAUAUUCUCUAGUCUUUGGAGUGUACAGUUUGUCUCAGAUAACCUUCAGCAUCAUUGUCGGAAGAAGUUUGACGAAAAUUGGUCCAAAAUUCAUUGUUCUAGCUGGACUUUUCUUAACAGGAGGUUCAACAAUUCUAUUCGGAUGCUUAGAAAGAAGUCCAGGCGGUCCUAUCUUUUUCUGGCUAUGUAUGGCCGUUCGAGCAGUGGAAGGGGCAGGUUUCGCUGCGUACCUCACUAGUUCCUUGGCUGUCAUUGUCAGGACAUUCCCCACCAACCCCGGAUAUUAUGUGGGCUUGACAGAAACCAUCGUUACUGUGGCCAUGAUUUCAGGUCCUCCCCUAGGAAGUGCUCUGUAUACAGCUGGAGGGUACAGUUGUCCUUUUGUGUCCUUUGGCUCUGUAAUCAUAUUCAUGAGUAUUGCGUCUUACUACCUCAUAAGUGAAGAUAAAAGUGAUUCCGCUGAGAGCAAAAUAGACCCUGGAAAUCUGACUUUAAAGGAAUACAAGGGGCUUCUGAAGCUGCCGGCAGGGGCGAUGGUACUAGUGAGUGUCACGUGCAAUGUGACGGCUGACGCUUUCAUCCUCAUCGCUCUCAGCGAGCAUCUCGUUCAGUUUCACUUAACGCCUAUGAUGGUUGGCUCAAUAUACCUUUGCCUCUUCCUUUCUUAUGGAUUGAGUUCACCCUUGGCUGGAAAAAUUGGAGAUAAGAUGGGAGGAGAAUUUCUGCUGCAAAGUGGAGGGUGUCUGAUCAUGACUGUUUCUUUCAUUCUAAUCGGACCCGGUUCGUUUCUACAGCUGCAACCAAAAGUUGGACUGAUCGUAGCGGGACUUCUUCUGAAAGGCCUGGGGGCGGGUCCCCUCAUUUCUUGCUCUUACUCCGCGGCACUCAGAGCUGCCAGAGCCUCAGGAUUGCCCGAGGACUUCCGAACAUACAGCUUAGUUUCUACAUUAGUAUCCUUUUCCAUACCUUUAGGAAAUCUUGUUGGUGGGGUGACAACGGGAAUAAUGACUGAAAAUUUGGGAAUGAGAGUUUCAACAACUGUUUAUGGUGGAAUAUUCCUCGCACUGGCAAUAAUCUGUCUCAUAGUUCACUUCUACGAACCUUAUUUACAAAAGAAGACACAAGAAAUGAAAUGGAAGAGAAUGAAGCAAAAUUUACUGCAAGGAGAGGAGAUGCCACUUGUGAACAAAAUCAAGCCCAUGUGCAUGACGCAAGAGAACGGCAAGAUAAUUGCCCAAAACGGGGGUUUCGGCUCCGUGGACAAUCACUGCUGCGUACCCUUGGAGGAAACAAAUACAAACGAUUUAGCUAUUGGUUAUGAAAGCAAUCCUAGGCUGGAGUGGCUGGACGACCCCGCACAAGCCAAAAACUUUUGGCUGACGUAAAUUCUUCUGAAGAGAAUCGAACAGAUUGUAUUUCAUUGUAAAAAAAAUGUAGGAAUGUAUAUGCAUUUAGGAUUAAUGUGUUCAUUUCGUAUUUUUAACGCCUUUUAAUGUAGAGUUAAAGAUGUUUGUAACUGCAGAGAAAGCAAGAUGUGAGCAUUUUUAUUUAAGUAUGCAAGGUAAUUAAUGGUUUUGAAAUAAUUGCAUUUCAUUUUAACGAAUUAUUUUCGAGUUUUUUCUUUAUACGUGCAAUUGUUUUCCAUGAAUUUUCUGUUUAAAUUGUUAUCUUUUGUUGCAUUUGAAUAUGGGUACAAGAUGAAGAAAACCCCUUGGAAAGUGUAUAGAUUUGUCACUCUGGUGUUUCUGAAUUAACUUCUUUUUUAUAUAGCAAAAACCUACCUGACAUUUCAUGUAGAUAUAUAUAUCAAUAAAGGUAUUUGA